AUGGACCGGGCACACAUUCUACGCCUCCUCGACAACUUGAGGUCCGCAGACAACACCUUGCGCAAAUCGGCAGAGGCGGAGUAUGAGUCAAUUAUUCAGGGAAACAGUGUGUGGAUGAUGUGCAAUCUGUCGGAGCUAUGUGCCGUCACGGACAGCGCACCAACCAUGCAGAUGGGUCUGGUUUUGCUGAAAAAGCUCUUCAGCAGCAAGCACAACUGUUUCGACGUCUCAGAUGCACAGACGCAGCAGGCCGUGAAAGGAUUGAUGUCGCAGGUGCUUGGGAAGGCGGCUUUUGGCCCACAGCGGGGUUUGGCCGCAGCAUGCGUGAGCGCCCUCGUCGUCAAGAUGCAUGCAUUAGGUCAGGAAUGGGGGGAACUUUGGCAGAGCGUGUUUCAGAUCCUUGAAAACGCGGAAUCUGAUCAUCAGCUCAAGACCAUUUGCUGCGAGAUCAUCGCCACGACUGGUCCUUCCAUGGCGAGCUACUUUGAGUCCCAUACCGGCAGGUUGGUGACUGGAAUUAGAAAUUGUCUGGCAGAUCCUUCUGUAGAGGCAAGAAAGAGCGCCUUUGAUGCCCUUGUCAAUGUUGCCAUGUGCAGAUCCAUACCAGAUUUUGCCCAAUUGGUUCCCUUGAUGCUACAAGUUGUACAGGACUCUCUCAAUGCAUCCAACUGGGACGAUGCGGAGCAGUUGACUGGAAAACUCGCCGAUGGUGUCGCACAUGCCCCUGGACUUUUUGCGGGUCACACAUCAGCGGUUCUGCAUGGAUUGAUGGAAGUGGCGUCAGCGCCGUCAGUCGCUUCAGGUGCACGUCACAUGGCAAUUGAGACUUUACUGACAUACUGCGAGAGUGAACCAAAGACGGUGCGCAAGGUGCCAAACUUCUCCACCUCAUUCCUUCAGCUUCUGUUUGAGUAUACACUCAAUCCAGUAAUGCCAGAUGACUGGGACAUCAAGGGCGUUAAUCUUGAUGAUGACCUCGAGGAGGAUGAUGAUGACACUGUUGGGAGCAGUGGUAUUGAUCGACUGGCAUCGUCCCUUGGCGGACGAAAGCUUGAGACAGUGGCUCAACAAUUGUUUGUUGAAAACAUUCACUCUUCCGAUUGGAAGCGGCGAAAUGCGGCACUUCUUCUUAUUACUUAUCUCGCAGAAGGAAUGACGACCGUUCUUGAAAAACAUCUUGAGCAAAUUGUCCAAAUGGUAAUCCCUGCUGUUCGGGAUGAAGUGAAGUAUGUCCGUGCUAGCGCUCUGGAUUGUCUCACACAGAUGUCCAGUGACUUUGCACCAAAAAUGCAGGAACAGCUUUGUCAUUCUGUUGUUCCAGUUGUUAUGGGGUGCCUCGGAGACAGUGUACCAGCCGUUGCGACGCGUGCAGCCCGUUGCCUGGAUUCUUUCUUUGACCAAUGCGAAGAGAGUGAAAAUGAGGAUGAUACGGUUUUCAUCAAGCAGUUUGAAAAUUACAUUGAGGGUCUGUGUGUUUCCCUUGUGACUCUCCUGAAGCAGACAUCACACAAGUUUGUGCGCGAGGACUGUCUUGGCGCGCUUUCUUCCGUCAUAUCCACCUGCAAGGGCUUACUGAAGCCGUUUGUCAGCCACCUUGUUCCCGUGUUUCAGGAGGUUUUGGCAAUGCCGGAAACCCCAGAGACGAUCAUGAUGAAAUGCAAGGCUAUCGAAUGCACGACGCUCUUGGCCUGUGGUGUGGGCAGGGAAAGCUUCGCUCCGUAUGCCCAUGAAAUGUGCAACUACCUGCGCGACCUGUUGAACCAUUUGGCAAGAGGAUCAAAGGAGGACGACAUGCGUCUGCGUUACGUUCUUCGGGGAUGGACCUGUAUGACGGAUUGUCUCCGGGAAGAAGUGACCCCUUACCUGGCCAUUGUGAUGCCAGUGCUUAUUUCCAUGAUGAAUGUGGAGUGUGACACGGAAGUGGAGAAUGCAGAGGUUGGCGAUGAUGAGGAGGAUGAGGAAGAAAAAGAUGUGACAACAAUGCGAGUUGUGGUUCCUGGUGUGGGUGUUAGGAAGAUCAAGAUGCAUACGGGUCUCAUUGAGGAAAAGGACCUUGCAGCCAGUGUUGUCAGUGCCAUGCUUUCCUAUGUUGGCAAGCAAUUGAAACCCCAUUUGCCCCAAAUUACGGAGUCCGCCGUCAAGCUGCUGAGUUUCCAGUCAGAUUCCUCCAUCCGCGAGAGCGGUGCGUUGAUUAUAGAUGGUGUGAUGGAUGCAUACGAGACGGCGGAGAGGGCACAAGUUGCUGUUAGCGUGAUGUCCCCACUACUUAACCAGUUUGCAGAAGAGGAUGACUUGGAGGCAUCUAGCGCCAUGUCGGUGGUGAUUAGCCGUUGUAUUGAUGAUGCACCCACGCUUGUGUCAAUAGAGACGGUGGAUUCCAUUAGCGAGAAGAUACUUGGGGUUUUGCGGCGCGCGAUGGAGAGCCGCACAGAGAGCUUGCAAUCUCAACAGGAGGAGAACGACGAUGACGAGUUGGACAAACUGAAAGAGGAAGAAGAAGAGGCGGAAGCCCUCAUACGCGAUACAUGCGAUCUUCUUGACAAGAUGCUUGAGCGUGCUGGCGCCGUUUUCGCCCCUGUUUUUAAUAACAAGUUUAUCCCUGUUCUGCAGCGGAUGCUCCAAGGGAAUGAAAAGGAAUUUAUGGUGGCCCGCGGUCUAGCGUUGCUGUGCAGUUUAGUGGAGCACGCACCCGAUCACGUGGCUGGUUUAAUUUCCACGAUUGUCCAGAGCGUCAUUAACUUUGCUCAGCGGCACGAGGAUGCCGAUGUACUGCAAUCGUCAUUCUAUCUAAUGAACCUUUUGCUUCAGUACUUUGAGCGGCACGAAUACCCUGCUAUUCGGCAGUUUGUUCAGCAGGUUUAUGGAAUCUUCAGUCGUUACAUGGCUGUUGCGCAUAAGGAGGAAUAUGAGGAUACCACUUGCAACGCGAUUAGCAUGGCGGUGACGCUCCUCUCACUGUACUAUCAACUUCUGCCGGAGCAUGAACUUGCGCAGAGCCUUGAUUGCGUCGUGAAUUCCCUUCCCGCUGGCGGAGACAAGACGGAGGCGUGCCGGGUGCAUGAACGUGUGAUGAUGUGGGUUGUGCAGAGACACUCACUGCUGCAGGGAAACGAGGCGCGGGUGAAGGCAAUUGUUGCGCGACUCAAGUCAGCAAAGGAGGAUGUCACGAACGAGUCUACGCGGGCCCAACUUGCUCACAUGUAG